UCCUUUAAUUUUCGGUGUGUCUAAUGUUGAUAAAUUUUGUCUCGUGGAAGGACGAUCUGAUUGAGAGUGAAAAUACACUCUCGUGCCUUAUUUUGUAAAUUGUCAAAUGCAAUAAUCAUUUCUGGUUGGGAUGCCGUGGACGGUCCGACUCGAAGGAGGUCCUCGCAGAGUAAAUCAUGCUGCAGUUCCUGUAAAUGAUAAAAUAUUCUCAUUUGGAGGUUACUGCACUGGUGACGACUACAAACUGAAGAGGCCCAUGGAUGUUCAUGUUUUGAACACAGUUAACUACAGAUGGAAUGCAGUAAAAAACCCAGAGCGUAGCAGUCCUCAAUAUAAUCUAGUACCAUAUCAGCGUUAUGGCCAUACUGCUGUAGUGCAAAAUGAUCUGGUAUUUAUUUGGGGUGGGCGGAAUGAUGAAGCGGCUUGCAAUGUAUUAUUCUGUUUCGAUACGACUAAUCACAUGUGGUCACAACCAAAAGUGUGUGGCGAGGUCCCUGGAGCUAGGGAUGGGCAUUCCGCUUGCGUAAUUAAUAAUUGCAUGUACGUAUUUGGAGGUUAUGAAGAAGAAACCGACCAAUUUUCUCAAGACGUGCAUAUGCUAGAUCUGAAAACAAUGGAAUGGAGAUUUGUGAAGACCAAAGGAGAGCCGCCUAGUUAUCGUGACUUUCAUUCAGCUACACCCAUAGGCAACUACAUGUAUAUCUUUGGUGGUCGUGGUAACCAAUCUGGUCCGCAUCAUUCUAGAGACGAAGUUUACUGUGAUCAAAUUGUGUUUCUGGAUACUCGAGCGCAGACAUGGCAUCGACCGACUGUAACAGGAUUUCGUCCUGUUGGCAGGAGAAGCCAUUCAGCAUUUACCUACAAGGGUAAUCUUUUUAUUUUCGGUGGAUUCAAUGGUAUUUCCCAGAUGCAUUACAAUGAUCUGUUAAGAUACGAUCCAGAAAAUUGUCGCUGGUGUGUCGUAAGACCAAGAGGUCACGGCCCAUGUGCUAGACGGCGGCAAUCGUGUUGCGUCAUCGGUGAUCGAGUCUUCCUGUUUGGUGGGACAAGUCCGCAUCCAGAUCUGAAUCUCAAUUCGACCGCUAACCAGCAACGUGAGGAUUACCCUGGAAUGGAACCAAUCGAAUCUCCCUUAAUGGAUCACAAUGAUUUAUUUGUUCUAGAUUUUGCGCCUUCAUUAAAGACAAUGGCCAUCACGAACGUUAUAGAGCACAAACUUAACGUCGAAGCCUUACCAGAAUCCAUCAGAUUCGAAAUUAGAGCCAUGACUCUGCCGAAUAGCGUGACGAAGCCUUUAAACAAUGCGGGAUAGUCUUUGUCUUGUAUUAAACCAUUUGUUUUACCUUCUUA